AUGCCGUCGCCUAUUCCCAAGCCCAAGGGAGUCCCCAUCCUGGGAAAUCUCUUCGACAUUAGCGGCAGCAAUGCCUGGGGCUCGUUUAACAAGCUAGCCAAGGAUUAUCGCCCCAUCUUCAAAAUUAGCAUCCUCGGUCAUGAUAUCGUCUUUAUCACCGGUGCCGCCCUACUAGAGGAGAUUUGUGAUGAAACGCGCUUCCGCAAAUGCGUCGCCGGGCCGAUCGUCGAGAUCCGCCAAGCGGUCCAUGACAGUUUAUUCACAGCACGCCACAACGAGAUGGAGUCAUGGGGCAUUGCACACCGCAUCAUGGCGCCCCUGGUCUCCCCGGAAGCUGUUGAACAAGUUUUCUCAGGCAUCCAGGAGACCACCGAUGACUUGAUCCGAAAAUGGACGGGAGGAACCCGGCAGCGCGUCAAUGUCACAAGCGACCUGGAUCGACUGAAUCACGCUGCAAACAUGCUCUGCUUCUUCAACCAGCGGGUACACAUUAUGGAGGGUCCGGAACCUGCUGUCCUCAAAGCCAUGGAUGGCGCUACCCACGAAGCGAUGCGCCGACCUACCCGCCCCAAGGUCCUUAACUGGCUGUUCUACAACCGCAAAUGGAACGCCUGGAUCAAGACUAUGCGCGACUAUGGAGCUGAGAUCGUCGCUACUCGCCGAAACAACCCCUCCGACAAGAAGGACAUGCUCUAUGCCUUGCUGGAAGGCAAAGACCCGGAGACCGGCAAGGGCCUAACCGAGAGCCAGGUGCUCGACGAAAUCAUCAAUAUUUUCAUCGGUAGCGCCACAGCUCCCAAUCUCAUCGCUUUCGCCAUGUAUUAUCUCGCGAAACACCCCGAAGAGAUAGAAAUGGCUCGUGCCGAGCUCGACGCCGUGGUUGGCGGACCUUCUGUCAAGGUUGAGUAUGAACACCUUUCUCGCCUACCCUACACGGAGGCUAUCCUACGGGAAUCCUUCCGUCUUUCUGGCGUCGCACCUGGCUUCAAUAUCGAGCCCAUCCCCUCAACCGAGGGCCCAGUCAUACUCGCUGGCGAAUACGAAGUUCCCAAGAACCAGCCCCUGAUCGCCAUUCUUUCGGCUGUGAAUCGCGAUCCAGCGGUCUUUGAGGACCCCGAAGCGUUCAGGCCGGAGCGUAUGGUCGGUGAGAAGUUUGAUAGCCUCCCAAAGGGUGUCAAGAAGGGCUUCGGUAACGGCAAGCGCGAGUGCAUCGGCAAGCAGUAUGCCUGGCAAUGGUCGUUCAUGACGCUGGCAAGCAUCCUCAAAGAUGUCGAGUUUGAAUUAGCGGACCCGAAAUACGUGACGCACAACGAUGGGGUGAACUACAACGGAGCGUUCAGCGUAAGGCCGCAGGGCAUGUUUGCGGUUACUGGACCCCGGCCGCGCGCUGGCUGA